CACUAGUCAUUCGUGUUAUUGAACACAGCUCAGUGCUGUUGUCAAUAUAAGCCGCAUUUCACUGUAACAACAGGGCACCCAAUCAGCAAACACACAGGCCAGAUCUCAUGCUGCCAAGGACUUGCAGGAAGGAAAGGCUGAUAGAAGCAUGCCUAUUCCUUCCAUAGAGAGCAACUGCACUGAGCAGACUUCCAGGAAAAGGAGACAAGAAAGUACAGAGGGUUUUCCUGCUAAAAAGAAAUCAAGCUGGGGUAUACUUACUUGCCAAGGUUCUUGGGCAGACCGGUCACCCCUUCAUGAAGCAGCUAGUCAGGGCCGUCUUCUGGCUCUUAAGACUCUGCUUUCUCAGGGAUAUAAUGCAAACACCUUGACUAUUGACUAUGUGACCCCACUGCACGAAGCCUGUCUUGGAGACCAUGUAGCCUGUGCUAGAGCACUUAUUGAAGCAGGCGCCAAUGUGAAUGCAACUACAAUUGAUGGAAUGUCUCCACUGUUUAAUGCUUGCUCACGAGGCAGUGCAACUUGUGCAGAGAUAUUAUUAGAACAUGGCGCCAAUCCUCAAGCAGACGCAUGCCAGCCUUCACCAAUUCACGAAGCAUCCAGUAAAGGGAGGAGCGAAUGUGUGGCAGUCCUAAUAUCUUGGGGAGCUGAUGUUGAUCAAAACAUUCCUCACUUGGGAACUCCACUCUACGUAGCAUGCGUCUCUCAGCAACUGCAUUGCACACAGACGUUACUCGAUGGAGGAGCUAAUGUUCAGAAAGGCAAAUUCCCUGAAACCCCGUUGCAUGCUGCUGCUCAACAAAACAGCCCUGAGAUUGUAAAAUUACUGCUGGACUUUGGGGCAGACAUCAAUGUAAAAAACUUGGACCUGAAGAGACCUGUGGAGGCAGCGGCACCAAGCAGCCUGGUGGAGAAGUUCCUAUUGCUACAUGAAGCCACUCCCUGUUCUCUGCGUCAGCUCUGCCGCUUGAGUAUCAGAAACUGCCUGGGGAGGUCCAGACAACAUCUCAUUUCACAGCUCCAGCUGCCUACCAUCCUGCAGAAUUUCCUACAGUACAGAUAAAGCACUAAGCAUCAUUGCUAAAGAUCAAAUAGACUCCUGGUUUAAUCCAGAUACAGUACUGUAUAAGAACAAUAAAACUGAAAUAUUACCC